AGAAGGGCUGUUUGGUCACUCAGCCCGCACUUAUAAAUAUCACCAGACCGUCUGUCGCCCCGUUUCUUCCACCGACCUCCCAGCGGGCAAGAAAGAGGAAAGAAAGAGGGCGAGAGAUGGCUUCCUCUUUCGACGCCUUUGGCAACGACGGCGAGGAGGUGGUGAGGGGAUCCGCCCGCCCUUUCGACGACGACGGCUACAUCGGAUACGACCCCCGCCUCCCCUCCCAGCGCUUCGACGCCUACUCCUCCUUCGCCGCCGACGAGGACUCCAAGGACGCCGCCGACGACUCCCCCGCCGCAGGCUUUCACGGCGGCGGAGUCGGCGCUGACUCCGAGGCCUUCGAUGGCGGCGACGAUGAUGUCCCCGUCCGCCACGUCUUCGGGGACGGCAACUUCCCUCCCUCCCCCGAGGGCUUCGGCUACCGCCCCCCGGCUCCUCACCCGGACUUCGCCUCCACGCCUUCCUCGUUCUCGAUGCCGGAAUCAAACGGGAAGGCCUACGAGGUGGCGGAUCACGGGGGGGUAUUUGCUACUGACAGUCCGAUCCUUCCGUCCCCGGACGAGAUGCAGCCGGAGGAGGGGUUUAUCCUGCGGGAGUGGCGUCGCCAAAAUGCAAUCCUUCUGGAGGAGAAAGAAAGGAAGGAAAAGGAGCUACGGAACCAAAUUAUUGUUGAAGCUGAUGAAUACAAGCGAGCUUUCUAUGAGAAAAGGAAACUAAACUGUGAGACAAACAAGAGCACCAAUAGAGAAAGAGAGAAGCUAUUCCUGGCCAAUCAAGAGAAGUUCCACGCCAAUGCAGACAAGCACUACUGGAAAGCAAUUGGGGAGCUGAUACCGCACGAGUUACCGAGCAUUGAGAAGAAGCGGGGAAAGAAAGAGCGAGAGAAAAAGACGUCCAUCACCAUUGUGCAAGGGCCGAAGCCAGGCAAGCCCACUGACGUCUCGAGGAUGCGCCAGAUAUUGGUCAAACUCAAACACAAUCCCCCACCACACAUGAAAUCCUCUCCCCCACCAGCCCCAGCUAAAGAAGCAGCCAGUGGAAGCAAGCAGGCAGCACCCACUAAAGAGGCCAAAGCUAAUGGCACCAAGCCAACGAAGGAAGAACCUCCACCUCCAGCAACAACAGAAGCCCAGUCAGGCACGGCGGAAGAGCCAGCUCCCACUGCCUGAAUACGACCCUGGAAGCCCAAUUACGAUAGGUAGAUAUAUGAUAUGACGGUCUGCUUGUGUUCUGAGAAAAAUAUAUUGUAGGAAGGAAGCCUCCGUCUCUCUAUUUGGCGGCAGGGAUGGAGCUCCUUUUAUAUUUCCCUCCAACUUACAAUCCCUUUUAUUGUUUUAUCAUGUAGAGAUCUGUUGUUAGCCCAGGCUGUAUACCCUUGGAUCCUCGUUAAUCAGGAUAUUGGAUGUGUGAUUUGCUGGUGCCUUCCAUCAGA